AUGGACUUCUCUUCCAUCCGGCCCUUUCAACACGUCGCUCUGCGUCUCCCUAACGACCAGACACGUAUCGAAAGACUCACUCCGAACUCACUCAUCAAUCUAGGCAAAUAUGGCUCUUUCCACACCAACCACUUGUUCGGCCGCCCAUACCACUUGACUUUCGAAAUCUUGGACCGCGCAGAUGCCUGUGAUGACAGAGAAUUGCGGAUCGUGCCUGCCGCAGAGCUCCACGCCGCGACUCUUCUGGAGGAAGCAGAGACGGAGAGUGGCGCCGCAACACCAAGUAAUGAGGUCGAUGAAUAUGGCCUGAUGACCGGCGACAAGUCCAAUGUCAACAUCACAGAUGACCCAACGAACCAGCGCCUUACCAUGGCCGAGAUUGAAGAGCUGAAGCAGGACGAGACAGGGCGGACCAAAGAUCUAAUUGCCAAGAUCAUGCAGUCGCACACGGCGCUCGACCAGAAGACUGCGUUUUCGUUGGCUAAGUACACGUUGAGGAAGCAUCGGAAGUACAUGAAGCGUUUUACUGUACUGCCGCUUGAUGUGGCGACUUUGACGGACUUCCUUAUGGUCGAGAAGGACUUUUCGAAGGUGAUGGAACUCCGGAACGAAAGCUUGGGGCUGAUCGGGUGUUGGGCCAACAUUCAUGCCAGUGGCGAUUCUCAUCUGCCUAAUCUGUCAAAUACCGGGUCUCGCUACCUCGUCGUCGACGACACAGGUGGCCUUCUGGUUGCAGCUAUGGCAGAGCGAAUGGGCAUCUUACACCAAGCCAACCCUUCUUCAGACCCGGAGCCUGCCUCAGAUGACGAAGGUCCAGCACAAGCCGCUGAAUCAGCACCUCAACCCACAAAACCCCGCCGCCCACAGAUUCCCAUACAAUCCUCCGCCACGACCAACACCCUGACCGUAAUCCACUCGAACCAACAACCCAACCUCUCCCUCCUGCGCUACUUCAACUUCGACAUCCACAACCCGACCCCCACCCACCCCCUCCAUACCCAUCUCAAGACCCUCUCCUGGCUACAACUCCUCGACCCGAACUCCGACUCUGCCUACCAAGAACCGCCAAUCCUCCCACCGCCCGAGAUCUCCAAGCUAAAAAGCAACCGAAGAAGCAACUACUUCCGCAAACGUCGACGGUGGGAACGGAUCAAGGCUAUCGUGGACGAGGCGAGGGACGGCGGGUACGAUGCGCUCGUAGUGGCGAGCUACACGAGCCCGGUGAGUAUACUAAAGCACCUGGUGCCGCUGCUAGCUGGUGGCGCGCAGGUAGUGGUGUACUCACCCAACGUUGAACCCUUGUUGGAGCUGACGGAUCUGUACUCGACUGCGAGGAGGACCGCGUACCUGCAAUGGUUGCAGCAACAGGAGGAGCAACAACAGCAGAGAGAGGCGAUCAUCGACGAGCAUGCGCAAAAUGGUCAUCGCCAAGACCUUACAGAAACGCCAGUCAAAGCAGAACCUGCGGUCAAAGCAGAACCCCCCUCCUCACCAUCCUCGCCUCCCUCAGAAACCCCAUCCCAAAACGCCAAUCGCACCAUGUCGCUAGAUCCGCCUUCACAUCCACAAGCACCACCGAUCCCACCAAACCCAUCAGAAGAAAACCCCGACUUCCCGCUCAAUCCAACCCUCCUCCUUCCGCCAAUGCUACAAACCAGCCGCGUCCGUACCUGGCAGGUGCUUCCAGGGCGCACACAUCCCCAAAUGACCUCUAAAGGUGGCGCCGAGGGGUAUGUCUGGAGUUCGACGAGGGUGCUGCCAUUGACGGGACGGGUUACUGCGCGGGGGAAGGCGCGAAGGAAUGCUGGGAAGGGCUCGUGA